UCCUACCCGGAUCAUUUCAUAGGGUAACGCGCCGGCAGUGGUCGUUUGUCAGUGCCUGAACGACUCAGAAUUAAUUUACCUGUUUUGUUUUAGUUCUUGAUCUCUGUACACAUUACAGUCUUUGAGUGAAAAUGACGGACCGAUACAACAUCCACAGUCAGCUGGAACAUCUUCAAUCAAAGUACAUCGGCACAGGACAUGCUGAUACCAGCAAGUGGGAAUGGCUGGUCAACCAACAUCGUGACUCAUAUUGCUCCUACAUGGGACACUUUGACCUGCUAAACUACUUCUCCGUGGCUGAGAAUGAGAGCAAGGCCCGCGUUCGCUUCAAUUUGAUGGAGAAGAUGCUUCAGCCAUGUGGGCCCCCAGCAGACAAGCCCGAUGAUGCUUAAAUAACUCCAGAGUGAGCUUUUGUCCCUGGAAAUUCUUUUUUCUACCAUUAAAUCCUGUUUGACCCUAUCAACAAUAAUUGGAUCAUCCAUUUAUAGUAGUUUUGUUUGCAUAUGGACAGCACUGAGGCAAAACAAAUUAUUUCAAGAUCUCAAUGUUUACAAGAACGGUAAAUGUGUCUAAGUGAUGCACAAUUAUCUGUGAAGAGAUUGAAGAGAUUGAUGAUUACAAUGUGCCCAUGAUAAGUUUUGCUUAUUCAUUAAAAUUUGACCUUUUUCUACAAUCUUA